UGUUACAGUGAAAGGCUUCAGACAAUCAAGAAAUAUUUCUUCAGUAGGGCUUUAAGUAAGACUUGGAAGUUUUAUAUUAUGCAUAUAAAUUACUUCAUUUUCCUCACAAAUGGUCGUAUGAAAAUGUAGCAGUACUUACAUCAGUACUUCAGAGAUGUGGGACUUGGAGUACUCAUUAAAUGGAGAAACAUUAACAUUUUACAUCCCUGUAUCUCUCUAAACAUGUCUGCAGCUCAAAUGUAAAAUUAAUCCAAGCAGAAGAGGUGCCAAGAUGAUAAUUUUGAAAUGGUGGUUCUGCUGAACUGUUGUCAUGGUUGUACUCUAAUUGGAGACAGCCUGGGAAUACUGGGAAGUUUUGUAGCUCUGGCCUGGAUUCGCCCACGGUCGCAGAUGCUUUGGAGUGUCCUGCUGCUGCUUGAACUCAUCCUCAGGUCAUGGACCCUUCGACUUGAGUUCACACGGAGUUCCAGUCUGUCCAGGACAACAGUACAGAAACACUGCUGUUAUCAGAAUGUUCCCAGGCACAGUGGAGGAAGAUGAUAAGGGGUACAACAGGGAGUGAAAACAACAGCCCAGCCACUAACAAGCACCAGACACUCGUGGUACAGAAGGCAAACAAGGCCCAUGGCAAACACAGGAGUCUGUCAACAGAUCAACAGCAACAGCAGCUACAAAUGUGAUCCAGCACAGUAUUCCAGUAAAAUCUGUUGUUACUUUGAACCCUUCAAGCCUCACAUUGGAUGCUGAAAAGAACAUUUGUGCCAGUGAACAACUAUGCUCCCCAACAGUAAAGUGAGAAAGUGUGUUGGUUGAGAGCCAGACAAUUUCACAGGUAAAGCAAAAGCUGCACACAAGCAAAGGCAAACAUGGAAUUAAUUCACCACUUGCCAAAGGCAGGCAGGUGUCCAGCCAUCUCCAGGAAAGCAGGGCUCCAUCCUACGUAAUGGUUACUUAAGAUGACAAAUGCCAUCACUCCAUCCUCCCCAUCCUCCCCCUAGCUGAGCUUGAUGCCACAUGGUCUGGAGUAUCCCUUUGGCCAGCUGUGGUCAGUUGUCCCAGCUUGUCCUCCCCCAGCUCCUUGUGCACUCCCAGCCUCCUCCCUGGGGGGGUGAGGGGCAGAAAGGCCUUGGCUCUGUUUGAGCUCUGUCCAGCAAUAUCAAAACUUCCCUGAAUUGCCAACACUGUUUUCAGUACAAAUUCAAAAUACAGCCUCAUACUGGCUCCUAUGGAGAAAAUUAACUCUAUCCCAGCAAAAACCAGCAUAAUUUGAAAGAGAAAUAGUAAGAUUGCUUUCUUUAUAAUGAAAAUAAUGAUAUAAGGUGCUGGAUUUUUAAAGACCCAGUGGAGUUUCUUCAAGCUUCAAGGCACCAGAUGAACAUGAGACCUUGUUAUACCAUCUACAGAGAAGCAAUUCCUUCAUUGCCUGUCUGGAACUACAUUCCCUUAACUGAGCACACGGUUGACUUGACAGAUGGUAUGUUAGCUGAGUUAAACAAAACUCCUGGAUUCUGAAGGCUCGUGUCACAGAAGCCCAGGGACGUGGAAGGAGAGCAUGAGGAGAUUGUGAUUUGGAGUCGUGGAGAAUUCACAGUCUUUCCACAAUGGCAGAAAGGACAGAUUAUACAAAAUCACAAAUUUCACUGGCUGAAUACAGCCCUGUCAAUAAAUCAGAAAGGACAGAUCAAAGGGGAAAACAGGAUGGAGACCAAAAUACAUUGCAACUGAAGAAAGAAAUAUCUUUAUUAAAUGGGAUAAGCCUUAUAGUAGGCAACAUGAUUGGUUCAGGUAUCUUUGUCUCGCCCAAAGGAGUUCUCAUCUACAGCAAAUCUUAUGGAUUGUCUUUAAUAAUUUGGGCAGUUGGAGGGAUAUUUUCAGUCUUUGGAGCUCUCUGCUAUGCCGAACUUGGAACCACUAUUACAAAGUCAGGAGCCAGCUAUGCAUAUAUCUUGGAGUCUUUUGGGAGCUUCAUUGCUUUUAUUCGUUUGUGGACCUCACUCCUGAUUGUUGAACCAACUAGUCAGGCAAUCAUUGCCAUCACCUUUGCAAACUACAUCGUGCAGCCUUUCUUCCCUUCCUGUGACCCUCCGUAUGUGGCUUGUCGACUCAUAGCAGCUGCUUGUGAAUGCCUUUUAACAUUUAUAAAUUGUGCCUAUGUUAAGUGGGGCACACGUGUGCAGGAUGUAUUUACUUACGCUAAAGUCCUUGCUCUUAUCGCCAUCAUCAUCGCCGGACUUGUUCAAAUCUGCCAGGGACACACAUGGCACUUUAAGAACUCUUUUGAGGGAUCCUCUACUGAUAUUGGAGAAAUCUCCCUUGCAUUAUAUUCUGCCUUAUUUUCUUACUCUGGCUGGGAUACACUCAAUUAUGUAACAGAAGAAAUCAAAAACCCAGAAAGGAACUUGCCCCUGGCUAUUGCAGUAUCUAUGCCAAUUGUGACUAUUAUCUAUAUUAUGACCAAUAUAGCUUACUAUACAGUGCUGGAUGCUCAUGCUGUUCUCUCUAGUGAUGCUGUGGCAGUGACAUUUGCUGACAGGAUAUUUGGUAUGUUCAGCUGGACAAUUCCCAUUGCUGUAGCCUUUUCUUGCUUUGGAGGACUUAAUGCUUCAAUUCUAGCAUCAUCAAGGCUAUUUUUUGUAGGAUCUCGGGAAGGUCACCUUCCUGAUCUGUUGUCUAUGAUCCACAUAAAGAGGUUCACACCUGUGCCAGCUCUACUCUUCAAUUGUUUUAUGACCCUUAUUUACCUGGCUGUGGAAGAUGUCUUCAAGCUGAUUAAUUACUUCAGCUUCAGUUACUGGUUUUUUGUUGGUCUGUCUAUUGCUGGGCAGUUAUAUCUACGUUGGAAAGAACCAGAUCGGCCAAGACCUCUUAAGCUGAGUCUGGCUUUCCCAAUAAUAUUCUGUAUAUGCACAAUAUUUCUGGUGGUAGUGCCACUCUAUAGUGAUUUUAUAAAUUCAGUGAUUGGAAUUGCCAUUGCUUUAUCUGGAAUUCCAUUCUUUUUCUUGGGAGUCUAUUUACCUGCAUCAAGGAGACCUCAAUUUAUUAACAAGAUUAUGGGUGCAAUCACACGAAACAUACAGCUGCUCUGUUACUGUGUUUUAACAGAGAUGGACCCAAAUGAAGAAAAGAAACCAGAAAUCAAAUCCAAGUAAAGUUUAAAGCCAUUAUAAGAAGCAGGAGGGAGGACAAAGCAAUUGCACAAAUGAAAGGGAAGAGCUGGAACUGGAAGACACAGAAAAACUGUUUUUGGUGGUCUUUCAGAAAUGCUGUAAAUAUUCUUACUUGCAGAUGGGUUCCAACGUGGGUCAUGCCCUUGUGUCAUCCUCCUAAAGUGUAGCAUGUUUUUAGGGCAGGUUUUCAUUGGAUAAUGAUUACCUACUCAUUACCUACUCACACAAGCUGUGUGUCAAUACUGUUUUUUCUUCAGAAUUGGUACAAAAAUGGUAAGAGCUAAUGGAUCAAAUUAGAUUUUUGCAGAACCAGGUGGUGAAGUAAUGCAAUAUUACAUCAGACUGAAACCCACUUUGACUCCAAAGACUAAGUCAUUUCCAGCCUAAUUCUGAUGGAUGCUUGCAUGAAAUGAUUUGCUGUACUGUCUCAGUUAUUUUCCCAGAAGAAAACUGGGAAACAACAAACUACUUCAUUUGUUUUUCUGCCCCAAUGAUAAAUUAAGUUCUGCUCCAUUAUUUAUAGACUGAACCAACCUUUCUCCCUUAAAGAUUUUAUUCUGUAUGCUACAUGGAAAUGUAUCUGACUGUGGCAAGGAUUUAAUCAACUAAGCAUCUUGCCACUAAAGAUUUGAUUAAUGGUUGAUUUUUUUCUUGUAAACUCAUUAGUACUUUGUGUUGUAUUGCAUUCUCAUAUGUUUUAGUUGCAUUAUGUUGUACUUUGGUUUAUCCCAGUUCUCUUUUAUAAUGGUUCUGCCCCUACUGCCUCCUCCCUCCUUUUUAAUGUCAAUCUCCCUACCUCCUCCCCCUGUUCCCCAAAAGUGGCUGAACCUUCCCUUAACUCCUCCCCUGUGUCCUGUCAAUCACUCAAUGGCCCAGCCCCUCCCUCUAGAAACUUCUACCAAGGGCAUCGAAUGACUGGCUCAGGCACCAGGGCCCCUCCCUCGGGUAGCCCUUAUUGGCCCCCACCUGCCUGUUUCCCCGAUCCCCUGCCCUCCUGCAGCCCCAGUGACUGGCAGGCAAACCCCUCCCUGCUUUACUCCCCCCUUUACACCAGCCUGUGCAGCCCAACUCUGGGUGUUCAGUUGGCUGCAUCCCUUGGGUGAAGGGUCUCCUUUGAGCUCUGUAAUAAACCUGGCCUUUGCCCUGACUGGA